GGUGGCUUACCGUGGCAGAAAUGGUCUACUUUAGUUACCGCUUAGCGUAACUUCCCGUUCCUCAUCAGUAUUUUUACGUCUACAAAAUAGCUGUCCUCAUGCAACAAGAGGAUUCCUCAUACCGCUAGAGGAGUACAACCAUGUAUCGAGUCGCAGUACGCAGUGUAGGCAGUUGUCUCUCUUGCCUUCUAUAACUAUUAGACACCACCAAAUCCUUCAAUACAAACAAAUAUCCAAGUAACGUCGAACCUUAGUUCCACAGUCACAGUCGUCAACUUAUCUCCGUAAGGUUUAACGUGAGUAUUACGUGUUGCGGCUUAUUUUAGGACUUUUCACUCUUAUAUUCAGGAACUUGGAAGAAGAUCCGCGUGGAAUCGAAGUGAAUCUUCAUAAAAUGAGUCAAGAGAUUAAAGAUGAGCUUACCCCUCCCAUGACUCCGUUAGUCUCACCAGCCUCGCCGAUUGUUCAUUCGGCUCCCUCGAGAUUUGCGUUCAUCGAUGAAAAUCUUCGGAUAGAAGACAUAGAGAAUAUCUUCGCGGACGAUAGUAGUUCCGCAGCCUUCGACAAUAUCAAAGUAGAAUCGCCGAUCGCAGACAUUGACCAGCUGACUAAAGUCGUCAGCUUUGAUGGUUUGAUCGACGUAUCUACCGUCUCUAAACCAGAAUCUGUGGCCGAUGAGAAUAAGAACGUGGCUGAUGAGAAUAAGAACGUGGCCGAUGAGAAUAAGAACGUGGCCGAUGAGAAUAAGAACGUGGCCGAUACAGUCGACCCCAAAACUUUAGUUGGCGAUGUCGUUCAGGAAGAUAUUGUGAAUGGUGACAAAGUUAUCGAGGACAAAAAUGCUGAACAGCCAAAUGACAAUAAUGAUUGCGAGCCGGAAGAUAACUGCGAUGGCACCAGAAAAAAAACUUUUCCAAAUUAAGAAUGACAAUUUUUGCUGGCAAUUGAUGUUGAUUCUUGACGACACUACUUUUAGUAGUAGAACAUCUUAUGUUCUUUCACGAUUUUAAUGUGUUCAUGCAUUUUUUUUCGUUCAAUUUUGAUUGUUUAUUGUCAGCAUUUUGCAUUUUAAUGUGGCCUGUGCUUGGUUUUAGUCUAAUUUUAACGACGUACUUUCGUCCCGAAUAAUUGUAACGAAUAUAUCAAUAAUUGAAUAAAUUAGCGCUAUUA